AUGGACUCAAACUUCAUGGAUGCCGCAAAAGAAGAAAAAGCUCGAAAAGAAAAACUUCAGUGUAGACACUAUUUUAUGUUAAAUGAACUGCAAAACAUGUCAAGAGACUUGAAAGGGUAUGUUUCCAUUUUUCGAAAUGCUCCAUUCAAUGCUACCCUGGGACACCCGCCUGACUUAGAACUAAGAAUAGAAGAGGAGACCAAACGAAUGGAUCAAAGAUUGAUCUUAGAGUUGGAUCAGAGAGUCAGUGAACAGCAAGUGACACUGGAGAGAGCUGGAGUUGCUGGGUUCUAUGUAACAAACAACCAACAAGAAGUGAGAUUACAGAUGCAUAUGCUAGAUAUGAUAGUAAGACUAAGUAAAGUUGAGUUGCCAGACUUGUGA